AUGUCUACAAAGAAUUAUCAUAUAUUUCAACCAUUUGAGAAAGAUGGCAAAAAAUAUGCUGCGAUCCCAAAAAAAGUGAUGAAGAGUGAAAAGGUUCCAUCGAUUAAUGAUCUUACCGUUAUUGACAAAAAUGAUAUGAACAGUAUCACAAAAAAACUUGAGUCCUAUGGAAUCUGCAUUGUUAAAAAGUAUUUGAACGCCGCUCAGUGUGGCAAAAUCAAAACAGAGCUUCAACCACACUAUUAUCGGAAAAGUGAAUGGAACGGCUCUCCUUUCCCAAAAGAAACAACAGUUGUCACCAGAGCUGUCUUGAAGUCACCCACAUGCUUGGAAAAGAUCGCUUGCGAUGAUAUGUUUUAUAAGGUGUCGCAUCAUUUUUUAUCCGAAUCUAAUAUAUUUUGGAUUGGCGACGGUAACUUGAGAAGCUCCUCAUCAGAUGUUCAAUUGUAUUCCGGUAUCAUUUAUCGUGUUGGUCCUGGUGCUCACGAGCAAAUGUAUCACAGGGAGGACAUGUCCCUACAUAAUGUGCAUCCAAGCCGGAAAGAGUAUCAUUAUGGUGAUGAUACCCAACUUGGCCUUGCUAUUGCCCUCACUCCAAUGAAUAAAAAUAAUGGUGCAACUAGAGCAAUUAUUGGUUCCCACUUAUGGGGCCCGCUGGAUGGUCCUGGUCAAUAUGACAAAAAUAUGGAAAUUUAUCUUGAAUUGGAUGAGGGAGAUGCCGCCUUCAUGCUUGGCACUACCUACCACGCAGCUAGCGCCAACGAAAGUGACGCGGACCGAAUUGGUGCUUUCUUCUUCAUGAACAAGAGCUAUCAAAAACAAGAAGAAAAUUAUCAUGUUGACACCCCCACAUCCUUCUUUGAGAAUCUUUCAUUUCAAGCUCUUAAAGUUCUAGGUUUGCAUACCAGUUUACCAUUUUGCGGACAUAUUGAUUAUACUAGUCCUGCCUUUAAGUUAAAUCCUAAACUCAAAGAGGCGUCGACAUUAAGUAAAGGAAAUUAUACAGAGAUUAUAUAUCCCUCUUUUGAAUAG